CCUACUUAUACUCAGGUGUGCCGCACCUGUUCGCCUGCACCUGCAGACUCGCCAGCUCUCCCGCGCCCAGCAGCCUCGGGCCUACGGGCCCGGAAACUUUCUGGGGGCCACGCCCAAACGGACCCUUUGGGAACUCCUGGCCUCCGGGGGCUCCUUUUGUCUGGAACCUGUCCUUCGGGCGAAGCCGGUUCCCUCUGCCGGGACUAUCGCUCCAUCGGAGGGGUCGGCCUGUGCUCACUUCUGUUGUCAAGAUUUGCAGUGACCUGGCUAAGAGCACCUUUGUCUCGGACUGACCUAAACCUCCAUUCAGAUUUUCUGGUGGGGCUGCUCCCCAGAUUCUGUUUUACUGUAGAGUCCCAUCUCUUCUGAGACGGAAAUGGCCAAUUCGGGCCUGCAGUUGCUGGGCUUCUCCAUGGCUAUGCUGGGCUGGGUGGGCCUGAUAGUGAGCACCGCCAUCCCGCAGUGGCAGAUGAGCUCGUACGCGGGCGACAACAUCAUCACAGCCCAGGCCAUGUACAAGGGGCUGUGGAUGGAGUGCGUCACGCAGAGCACUGGCUUGAUGAGCUGCAAAAUGUACGACUCCGUGCUCGCCCUGCCGGCGUCUACACAGGCCACUCGAGCCCUAAUGGUGGUAUCCUUGGUACUGGGCUUUUUGGCCAUGUUUGUGGCUACGAUGGGCAUGAAGUGCACUCGCUGUGGGGGAGAUGACAAAGUGAAGAAGGCCCGUAUAGCCAUGGCUGGAGGCAUCGUUUUCAUAGUAGCAGGUCUGGCUGCCUUGGUAGCAUGCUCCUGGAUUGGUCAUCAGAUUGUCACAGACUUUUAUAACGCUCUGAUCCCCAUGAAUAUUAAGUAUGAAUUUGGUCCUGCCAUCUUCAUUGGCUGGGCAGGGUCUGCUCUGGUUCUCCUGGGUGGUGCACUGCUCUCUUGCUCUUGUCCUGGUAGUGAAAGCAAUGCUGCCUACCGAGCACCCCGUUCCUACCCCAAGUCGAAUUCUGCCAAGGAGUAUGUGUGAGCUAGGGCUCAGCCUGUGGGCAAGGUGUGGGACAAAGGCCUCCUGGUCAAUUAACUACAUCCCUGAACAUCAUGUACAAUUCUCUGGGGGGGGGGGGUAACUG